UAGCGCGGGAAUAGAGAAUCAUUCAGACCCGCGUGCUUCCAGGUUUUUGUCUGUUUAAGUGAAACCAGAGGAUGAGUUCAUCUACACGUCUGAGAGCGUUUAUCAGAGAGAGGCUGGCUGCUGCAGCGGAGGACAUUUUUGUAGUUUUUAGGAGAACUAUGGUGGAGUACGAGGAGGAGAUCGACCGUCAGAGCAGACUGCUGGAGAUGGCCAUGAAACCUCACAUCUACCUGCAGAGGACAGAUGAGGCUCAUCAACGUGUCUUUAAGGAGGAGGAGGAGCAGCUCUGUGACCAGGACAGGAACUCCAGCCUGGACCAAGAGGAUCCAGAACCUCCACCCAUUAAAGAGGAGCAGGAGGAGAUGGAGCAGCUGGUACUGAAGCAGGAGACGGACACGUUCAUGUGGACUCAUGAGGAGAGAGACCACAGUGCAGAAGAACCAGAGGAUGACCAUCAGCUCCAUCACGACUCUCAUGAUCCCGAGAGUCCCGAUCCCGAAGGAGUUCAGUUAGUCAAAGUGAGGCUGACUGCUGCAGCUGAAGACAUAUUUGUAGUUUUUAGAAGAACUGUUGUGGAGUACAAGGAAGAGAUCAGUCGUCAGCAAAGAAUGCUGAACAUCAUCAGGAAACCUCACGUCCACCUGCAGAGAACAGGUGAACCACAGCAGCUUUUCUUUAAGGAGGAGGAGGAGAGGCUGCUCUGUGACCAGGACAGGAACUACAGCCUGGACCUGGAGGAUCCAGAACCUCCUUCCUUUAAAGAGGAGCAGGAGGAGGUGGAGCAGCUGGUACUGAAGCAGGAGACAGACACGUUCAUGUGGACCCAUGAGGAGAGAGACCACAGCAAAGAAGAACCAGGGGAUGACCAUCAACUCCAUCACAACGCUCAUUUUACUGAGAGUCCAGAUCCUGAGGGAGACUCAGAACCAACGAGAACAUCAGAACCAAAACAGAAGAGAAAACGUCACAAAACUCAGACAUCUGAGAUUUGUCCUGAUCAUCACCAAGGUCCAAAGUCUUUGAGGUGUGACACCAGAGGCCAAGGUUUUCAGACUACGUCAGAUUUACUGACACAUGAGCGUGUCCACACAGGGAAGAAGACUCAUUUAUGCCAGAUUUGUGGGAAACUAUUCCACUGCAAGUCACUGCUGAAUAUCCAUAGGAGAACUCACACCGAUGAGGAGCCGCUCCCUCUUACUUCAAACCUGAAUUCUCAUCAUCGAGGACAUGCAAGUAAAAAGACGCUGACAUGUGAGACCCAUGGCAAAUCCUUCACCUCUAAACGUGACAUGCAGGUCCACAGGAGAGCGCAGUCAGGAGAGAAACCGUACGUCUGCAGCACCUGUGGGAAAACUUUCUCCCAGCUGUCACACUUAAACACUCACAGCAGGAUCCAUACAGGUGAGAAGACGACAACGUGUGAGACCUGUGGCAAGUCUUUCAGGGACAGGAGUGAGCUGACGGUCCACAUGAGGACCCACACAGGUGAGAGGCCGUACGUCUGCAGCACCUGUGGGAGGGGCUUCUCUGUGAGGUCACAUUUAAACACCCACAAUCGCAUUCACACAGGUGAGAAGCCGUUCACCUGUGAGACAUGCGGCAGGUCGUUCAGGAUCAAAUGUGAGCUAAAAGUCCACGUGAGGACUCAUACAGGUGAGAGGCCGUACUCCUGUAACACCUGUGGGUCCGCUUUCAUCAAGAAACACCACCUAGAUAAGCACACGAGAAUACACACGGGGGAAACGCCGUACACCUGCGAGACAUGUGGCAGGUGUUUUAAGUACCGUUUCGUCCUGACAGGUCACAUGAGAAGAGCCCACACAGGUGAAAGGUCGCACCUUUGUAACACCUGUGGGAAAAGAUUCUCUGAUUCGUCGAGUCUUUCACUGCACAUGAAAUCACACGCAGACGAUUAGACACCUGAAAGCACCGCUGAUUAGUGCUGCUGGCUUUGGGAACGACCCUGAUUUUUACAGAGGGAGGCAGCGAGUUCCAGACAGGGACUGACACUUAAAAAUGUUUUAGACCCUAAAAUCACUGAUUUAAGUGAAUUCUUUAGCCUACAUUCAUGCUGACGCAUGAUCUCAGCCCCCAUCUCCUCUCUGCUGUGAGCUGCAACAGGUACCAGCGUGACAGGUCUAGUCCUAGACUCCCCUAGACUCCUCUAGACUGUCGUCUCAAUCCUAGACUCCUCUAGACUCUGGUCUCAA